CUUCCUCUUCCUAACUCCCCCCACUCCCCAGACUAUUCUCAAAGCAGCCGGAGAAAUACAGCUAAGUUCUCCUUCUUGCUCAUUGCAGCCUCAAGCUCCUGGGCUCAAACAAUCGUUCUGCCUCGGUCUCCCAAAGUGCUGGGAUUACAGGGGUGAGCCACCGCGCCCGGCCUUAAAAUGCUUUUUUUUAAGGCACUUUGAUUUCCAUGAUCUAAGUCUAAAACACGAAUUUCCACCACCGCGCUGCUGUCUGGUUCCACCUGGCGGCGGCUGCACAAAGUGUUUCUCUUUGAACGCCGUGCCAAGUUUACCCGGAACUACUUAGCCCAGCUCUCCCUGAGUGCUCCUCGGGCCAAAAGCAAACAGCACAAAUUCCGGAAGAAAUUACCAACAGCGGGACCAUUUAGCGCUCCGGCUGUAACACCAGUAACCAAUAAACAAAAAGCUCUAGUUCACGUGGUGUAUAGUCAGCCUAUCAAGCUCCUGAUAUUCCUGAAUGCCCUCGUUUCCGCUCCUGUCGCAUUCUUUCUCGACAAGAUGGCCACGCCGGCGGUAUCACCAAGUGCUCCUCCUGCCACGCCAGCUCCGGCCCCGGUGGCGGCCCCAGUCUCGGCCCCAACCUCAGUUCCAGCCCCAGCGCCAACGCCAGCACAAGCUGCGGCUCCGCCUUCCGCUGGGACUCCAGCCUCAUCCUCAGACUCUGCGGCAGCAGCGGCUACGACUGCGGCUCCUGGCCAGACUUCGGCCUCAGCGCAAGCUCCGGCGCAGACCCCAGCGCCCGCUCUGCCCGGUCCGGCUCUCCCAGGGCCCUUCCCCGGCGGCCGCGUGGUCAGGCUGCACCCAGUCAUUUUGGCCUCCAUUGUGGACAGCUACGAGCGACGCAACGAGGGUGCUGCCCGAGUUAUCGGGACCCUGCUGGGAACGGUCGACAAACACUCAGUGGAGGUCACCAAUUGCUUUUCAGUGCCGCACAAUGAGUCAGAAGAUGAAGUGGCUGUUGACAUGGAAUUUGCUAAGAACAUGUAUGAACUGCAUAAAAAAGUUUCUCCAAAUGAGCUCAUCCUGGGCUGGUACGCUACAGGCCAUGACAUCACAGAGCACUCUGUGCUGAUCCAUGAGUACUACAGCCGGGAGGCUCCCAACCCCAUCCACCUCACUGUGGACACUAGUCUCCAGAACGGCCGCAUGAGCAUCAAAGCCUAUGUCAGCACUUUAAUGGGUGUCCCCGGGAGGACCAUGGGAGUGAUGUUCACACCUCUGACAGUGAAAUAUGCAUACUAUGACACUGAACGAAUUGGAGUUGACCUGAUCAUGAAGACCUGCUUUAGUCCCAACCGAGUGAUUGGACUCUCAAGUGACUUGCAGCAAGUAGGAGGGGCAUCAGCUCGCAUCCAGGAUGCCCUGAGCACGGUGUUGCAAUACGCAGAGGAUGUACUGUCUGGAAAGGUGUCAGCUGACAAUACUGUGGGCCGAUUCCUGAUGAGCCUGGUUAACCAAGUACCUAAAAUAGUUCCUGAUGACUUUGAGACCAUGCUCAACAGCAACAUCAAUGACCUGCUGAUGGUGACCUACCUGGCCAACCUCACACAGUCACAGAUUGCCCUCAAUGAGAAACUCGUAAACCUGUGAAUGGGCCCCGGGCAGUAUACCUGCCGGUUUAGGUCUCAAGCCCAGGACUCAGAAGUGAAGGAGAAAUGGGUUUUUUGUGGUCUUGAGUCACACUGAGACAGUCAACUGCCUGUGACUCUAAUAAACAUAGCCUACCUUUUCUAAAUUA